AUGGCGCUGUACGCGGCGGCGGCGGCGGUGCUGGCUGGUGUUGAGAGCCGCCAGGGCUCCAUCAAGGGACUGGUGUACGCCAGCAGUUUCCAGAACGUGAAGCAGCUGUACGCGCUGGUGUGCGAGACGCAGCGCUACUCCGCGGUGCUGGACUCGGUCAUCUCCAGCGCCGGCCUCCUCCGCGCCGAGAAGAAGCUUCGGCCGCACCUGGCCAAGGUGCUGGUGUAUGAGUUGUUGCUGGGAAGAGGCUUCAGAGGGGGUGGGGGCAGAUGGAAACCUCUACUGAACCGACACCAGGCACGGCUGAAGGCUGAGUUGGCCCGGCUGAAGGUUCAUCGAGGCGUGAGCCGGAAUGAGGACUUAUUGGAAGCGGGAUGUGGGCCUGGCGCAGCCUCCCAGGUGCCUCGAUUUGUGCGGGUGAACACUCUCAAGACUUGCUCUGAUGAUGCAAUCGAUUAUUUCAAGAGACAGGGUUUCUCCUAUCAGGGUCGGGCUUCCAGCCUUGAGGAUCUAAGGGCCCUCAAAGGGAAGUGUUUUCUUCUGGAUCCCUUGUUGCCAGAGCUGCUUGUGUUUCCUGCUCAAACCGAUCUGCAUGAACAUCCACUAUACCAAGCUGGUCAUCUCAUCUUACAAGACAAGGCUAGCUGUCUCCCAGCCAUGCUGCUGGCCCCGCCCCCCGGUUCCCAUGUCAUUGAUGCGUGUGCUGCCCCGGGCAAUAAGACCAGCCACUUGGCAGCUCUUCUAAAGAACCAAGGGAAGAUCUUUGCCUUUGACCUGGAUGCCAAGCGGUUGGCGUCUAUGGCUACUCUGCUGGCCCGGGCUGGAGUCUCUUGCUGCCAGCUAGCCGAAGAGGACUUUCUGGCAGUUUCACCCUCAGACCAGCGUUAUCGGCAGGUCCAGUACAUUUUGCUGGACCCUUCGUGUAGUGGUUCUGGUAUGUUGACUAGACAGCUGGAGGAGUCUGGGACAGCUGUACCUAGCAAGGAACGUUUGCGUGCCCUAGCAGGGUUCCAGCAGCGAGCUCUGUGCCAUGCGCUCACUUUCCCCUCCCUGCAACGCCUGGUCUACUCCACAUGUUCUGUUUGUCAAGAGGAGAAUGAAGAUGUGGUACAGGAGGCCCUACAGCAGAGUUCAGGAACCUUUAGGUUAGCUCCUGUCCUACCCUCCUGGCCUCACCGAGGCCUUAACAUCUUCCCAGGGGCAGAACACUGUCUCCGGGCCUCCCCUGAGACCACACUCACUGGUGGCUUCUUCAUCGCUGUACUUGAACGAGUAGAGGUGCCAAGGUGA